UCGAUCGAAGCUGUCAGCCUUCGUUGAAGUUGAAUUCUCUUUCACUGUAAGAGAGAAUAGGAUAAGACAAAAAAAAAAGACAAAAAGAAUCCUGACAUUUAGUCGCUCCAUUUAAUGUUUUGGACGAGAAAUUCUAUGGAAUUUUCCUCGCCUUUUUAAAGAUUUUCGUCUCGUUUUCGAAUUUUGGCUGAGUUGACUAGAUUAACUAGACAUAGCCUUGCCUUGUACUUAGAUUAAGCUUCAAAGAGCUCAACUGGUGCUUCCUAUGAUCUUCUUUAUACUGACAGUGUAAAAACGAACUUAUCUCUACGAAGGAAGUGUAUCUGACAGUCUUGAAGUUCGUACCGUCAACAGAGAACAUCUGGUGUUGUCUUAAUGAAUUCUAUCGUUAGUUAUUCACAACGAAACGAUUAACUCCUAAUAUAAUCAAGUGGAAAGGAAAAGGUGCGUUUGCAUAAGAAAUAUCUCGGGAUUUUGAACCGUUUGUGCUGCACAAAAAACGAUUCAGCUUUGUAAGGAAGUCUACUGGAAUUCCAGGCGUUACUGUUUUAUCAGAAUCAAUAAUUCUUUAUUCACGAGGGCUUUUCUUCGCUUAGUAAUUGCUGUUGGAUUUCGACAUUCGUUUAACCUGCAGGAAACGUUAAUUGAUAUUUGAAGCAAUAACUGAGAAUGGCCAGUUCAUCAAAGUUAACGAUUGGGUGCAUACGACACAUCCCUCACACUAAUUCCAGACAAGAACCAGGAGAAGAAGAAGAAGAAGAACAGGAAACCGUCAUUCCUUCGCGUGAGGCAGCCCUCGAAAACAGUGAUGCUGAAUACGACACUGAUCUAGAAGAAGAGCCCGUAAAUCGAAAGCCAGAAGAGGAUACUAGUCAAGGCAGGGGUGCCUAUCUUAAAGCCUGCAAGAGUCUUUCGCUCAUACCAUGUUCAACAUUCCUCAGACAGCUCCACAGAUCUGACGUUAAUCUCAAGCACUAUAACUUGGGCACGCGAGGAGCGGAAGCCGUGGCGGUUGCCAUGAUGCAAAACACCAUAGUCCUUAGUCUUAAUAUAGCGUACAACGAUAUCAAAGAGGAAGGAGCUAUCUACAUAUCGAAGAUGCUGACCGAGAAUUUCUUUAUCACAGAACUUGAUAUUUCGUUCAAUGAUCUUCGCUCUCAAGGGGCGUAUGCCGUAGCGGAAAUGCUGCGACAAAACGCCGAGUUAAUCGAAAUAAACUUAUCGGGAAAUAAGUUCAUCGAAAAGGAUGUGGAACCACUAGUUGAAGCCAUGAAGAAAAACUUUACACUCAAGGCUUUGAACUUAAGUGAGAAUGAAUUCUGUGAGGUCGGAGGGCAGUUGUUGGGACCGGGAAUAGACGCUAAUGUCGGGUUAGAGUACUUGAAUUUGAGCUGGAAUCACAUCCGUCGUAAAGGAGCGUUGGCAGUAGCCCAUGGCCUUGCCCAAAACUGCAGCUUAAAAACUCUAGACAUCUCGUGGAAUGGGUUCGCGGACGAUGGCGCGAAAGCUAUCGGUGAGGCUCUCCAGCAGAAUAGUUCUUUAGUUGAACUUGAUAUUUCUUGUAACAGGAUCUCCGUCUAUGGCGCCGCGCAGUUUGCUAAAGGAUUGGCCAAGAAUACCACGUUACAGACUCUACGUGUUGGAAAGAACCCCAUUACUAGUAAAGGCGCGCUGGAUAUUCUCAAUGCUGUUUAUAUUAAUCCUGAUAGUGCUAUAGAAGAGAUAUGUUUUGAUGAUGUACCUGUUAAUGCGGAGUUUGAGAAACUGUUAGAAGAUGUGCUGGAGGCAAGGCCUAAUUUGAUUGUGCAGUGUGGGGCUGCUAUGAAGGGCAAGGAACGUGUCAAGAAGAUCAAGAAUAAAGUGGAUGUCCUCAACCUUCUGCUUGAGUACAUUGAGCUACGUGGUCUUCGCAUGGUGGACUUCUUUCGUCAGCUAGACAAGGAUGGCAGCAGAAAACUUACCCGCGCUGAAUUCAUGACUGGAGUAAGGAAAGCAGGGAUCCCAAUGACGAGAAGACAACUAAAGAAGCUGGUGAACAUCUUGGAUGUUGAUAACGAUGGUGGGAUAAACUACAGUGAAAUGGUGGCCAUCAAAGGAGAUGAUGUGUUCGAAAUCUAUCAUAAGAAGAACUUAAAGAAAGAUGACGCUAUUAUCAAGGCACAUAAAACCAAACAACUGAAGAUGAAGAAUGUGCAUAUACCGCUAUAGCAAAAUGGACGCGAAGAAAAUUUGUCAUACAGCUAGUAAAUACGCGUGGCGUUUUCCGUUAAACGGCGUGUAAAGAUGCGUGUAAUGUUGUGCAAUCUGUUAAUAUCCAUGUAAAUACGACUUAUACUAAUAUACGUCUAAUUUCGUGCAUUUUAUUGUGACCUAUUUUUACGCCAUUAUGAAUACUCUUCUACAAUUUAAAAAUAACUUUGGGUGAACAGAAUAUGUAUAAUUUCUCAGUGUGUUUUACGACUUCUUCCAAUAAAGAUGCACGUAUUUUG